AGAUGGCCAAGUGACGGUUAGUGGGACAAACUGCUGACAUAAGCCCCAAAGUACAACUUGUACAAUGUACCGUGGUGUAACUUCGAAUUAACUUAUUAAACAGUAAAAAUUAUACACAUGCACGAUGUAUCAGAAGAAACAGAAAAACAAACCAGAGUAAACAUACAUACGAACAUCGCCAUCGAAGUACGCAACCAAUUUCAGAAAUUUCGCCACAGCUUAUAAGAGUCAACGCAAUCCCGAAAAGUUAUGCAUGCGUAUCGAUAACACACUUUUCUGAUCAUCUCUGUUGGUCCACUCACCCACCCAAAACUAUGAGUUGCCAUCGAGCGCACAGAGACUUGUCUAGGUAGCAUGAUGACAAACUCCCUCUUCAGCCGGCCCCUAAGAGUAUCACACUCUUUGCACCGAGCUCUUGAACUUCGGCGUUGUAUGGGUACCCAAUAUCAGCCAAGGACAAACGCCACAUCCGGUUCAUACCUCGACAAAAACGAAUUCAACAGGUUGUUUGUCGAGGGCGGCGCAGUAGAGGUUCAACCGGGUGAUCAUGUCUUAGCUGCAUGUCGGGAGCAUAAGAUCUAUCUUCCUACUACCUUACGUCGGUCUAAAGAGAAAAAGGGGCUGAAAGACUUCAUGAUAUUCACGUCAGAGCGUCAUUGUUUCGACCAACAGGUGAUGAAGUACCUGGACAAAUUCGAGCAUCCGUUUGCAAAAUCCAUCAUCAACAUGUGCGUUGAUAAAAACCAUGAGCCUCUGUGGUACAAGACUUUUACUCUACCUGUAGCCUCGCCAUUCCCUUGUGGAACAGCCACCAGGAAGAUGCGACAUGCGCUGCGCGAUGCAUUAGCUGCUGCGGGAUAUGAUCGAGUGGGGAGGAAGAUAUCACCACCAACCGACCCGAAUGGCAUUGCAGAGUUAUACGGAACGUUGAGGGUAGGGAUCUCGGACCCAAAAGGCUUCUGCAAUUUGAAGUUUGUAGAUAUGUUGGCAAAGGCCAAACUAAUCAUAUCCGAGUUUGAACCAAUAUUCGCAAGGGACAAAUUUGGCAGGCAUAUCAAUAUGGUGCCGAAGCCAUCUCCGCUGACUCGAAGGCCGAGUUACAAUAAGAAUACGAAUACCAAUAGUAUCUUCAAUACUACUAGGAAUAACAACAGCAAUAACAACAACAACAACAACAACAACAACAGAAAUAGCAAUAGCAAGCCAGGUCUUGUUAGAUGGUUUUAGAAAUACAUAAACCUUAUACAUACUAAUACAUUGUAUAUCUUGACGUAGAUCACGUACUCUUAAAUACUACACAUGUACAUAGGUAUGGUAUUACCAAAGUAUAAAGUACAACAUUGAAAGUAUUGGCGGGGUGUUGAAACUUUCCUCUUACAUAAUGC